AUGGAAUUUUCUGUAACACUGGGUCUGGGUCUGGGUCUGAGAAUAAUUUUCCAAAUACAUGGAAACCGGGAAAAGAUGCUAGGGGGCAGGCACGGCACGGAGCAGGAAGACACACCCCUGACCGGGCGCUCGCCCCACGGGCGCGGGUCCUUCCUCAGCCCCAGCCCUCCCGGGUGCCCUCUGACCUUCCCCUGGGUCCCCGAAGGGCCGGAAAAUCGUGUCGCUCCGCGGCCCCGCACAGGCGGGAAGGUGCGCGCGGCGGGCGAGGCAACCGCGGGGCGGCGUGAGGGUAGAGUCCGGCCGUCCCCGCGGACCCCGGCCGCCCACAGGCCCUCGGCGGACGGCGCCGCGAGCUUCCAGGAGUGGGUCCCCGAGGCGGCGUCCCCCUCCGUCGCCGAUCCGCCCCUCCAGGGUCCUCAGGCGCCUGGAUCCGGGGCACGCGCGCGCAGGGAGGGCCCUCCGGGCUUCCGUCCGCCCGGCCAGCGCCCGCGGAGCCCGGCGUCCUCCUCAGCGGGCGCCCCGUCCGCCGCCCGCUGCCCACCGCCCACCGUCCGACCCCGCAGGCCAGUGGCCGCCCGCGCCCGCGCCAGCCCGCGCCCACUCCUCACCUGCGACGCGCCCCGGCUCCCAGCUCACCGCCCGGACCGGCUGUGUACACCGGAAGUGACGUAUGCGCCCGGCCCCGCCCCCGCCCCAGGCAGACGCGGUGGCCACUGCAGAUCCCCUGCGGGAGCCGACCCUCCCCUUGCGCGGUCUAGGCGCGGGUACAGCUCCACGUUCCCUCUACCCCCCGUGACCGAGGGCCUUCCGCGCGGGUCGUGGUCGGGCUUCCGGAUCCCGCAGGCACCCUGA